CUUUAUUCUGCUUCGUCCCACCAUUGCGUUUAGCGGUCGCACGAGAGUCCGUGUGCUGUGUAAUCCUCGCGUCGGGUCUGCAAAGGUUGCAGCGGUUCGCUGAAUAGUUAAAAUAACGUUGUCGUCGGUUAGCCACACGUCUUCUUCCCAUCACGCUGGUGGUGGCCGGAGAUACUGGCAUUUUUAGCAGGCUAGCCCUUGCAUGAAAACCUUCGUGACAUGACAAUGCAUGUCGGGUCGAAGGAUUGUGGCGGGGAACACCCCAGCUUGAUCCUUGGCCCCAUCCAGCCGGCAUGGAAAUAAUCAUGACACCGCAGCAAUCUAACUCUGUAACUAACUUAGCGUGGGAGCAAAGACGCAUGUCCUCUGCGGAGGAAGUUGCUUAUUGCAGAACAGGCCGGUUUUUGAGCCCUUCCUGCAGCCCCUUGUCGAGCAUCGCCCAUCAGCCCAGGAAUAAGACGAUAUCUAUAGCCAUGAUCCCUCCCGGGAUAUGGGAUGUUGUCUCUUGCUGGGAAUAUACAUAAAACAAAAAGGCAUGGGCUUCUUCUCUUUCUGCAUACGGACUGCAGUUCAUCUGCCAGGAAAAGAGGUUCAGCCCGCUUCAGAACAGAUUCAGCGAGAAGGUUGAUAGGGUUGCUGGCCAGCAUAGAACUUCAUCUCACGGUUAUCUACUGAUCAUGCCAAGGGUGAGUGGUCUUUAAUGUUUCUAGGAUGAAAGGAUGAGGAUGGCACAGUGCUCUUUUUUCAGCUGCGUUGUUUGGGAUCUGCGUAUUUUUUUUUUUUCCUUUUGUUUCCCUCUUUGAGAGCACUAUUGAAUUGUUGCUUUCUUGGACCAGUCCUAUGAAAGCCAGGUCCCGCCUGGUAGAAGGCUCCCGGUGACUUGUCCUUUUUAAAAAGCUGUACCAAGAUGCAAAUAUGUUCUUGAAUCUCAAAUCCAAGAUACGAAGCUACAUGUUGUAGGCUUGUCAGCUUUA